CAAUCAAAUUAAAAUUCAUAACUUUCCAUAUCACCAAAGGUUGGUACUACACCCACCGUGGUCCCAUCUGCCUCUGAAUUCUUCUAUUUAUACCGCCUCUCCUCUCCUCUCCUUUUAACGUAUCCUCCACCAACCUCACAUUCUCUCUCUCUCUCUCUUCACAGAGGCAUUUCGUCGAACACAUCGAGCCCAUGCUUUGAGAGGCGUGGAAGUGGGGGGAUUUUGUGUUCACACACAUAUAAAUUUUGCAUUCCCCCUUAUUGAUAACAAUGAAUUUCACAUUGUGUUCAUCAUCUUCUGAGCUCAAGUACCCUUGUGUUGAGGGUUUGCGGCAUUCUAAGGUAAACAUGCUAGUGCCCAGACCUUCUGUGAGGGUUGGUUAUUCUGCUAAAAAAGAUAGUAUUCAAGUGUCUGAUAAUGAUACUGGGAAAAGGGUCGUUGGAAAUCAUUUAAUGCCUGGGAAAUUGGAAGGACCGUACAUGGGAGAGAAACAGCUGCAGAAGCCUAGUCAGAAGCUAGAAUUUGUGAGAACAUUGUUGAUUGACAACUAUGAUAGUUACACAUACAAUAUUUACCAGGAGUUGUCUGUUGUUAAUGGAUUGCCUCCUGUGGUAGUGCGAAAUGAUGAAUUGACUUGGAAGGAUGUUUGCCACUAUUUGUAUGAAGAAAAUGCAUUUGAUAAUAUUGUUAUAUCACCAGGACCUGGUUCUCCAACAUGCCCUGCAGAUAUAGGAAUAUGUCUCCGAUUGCUGCUCCAGUGUUGGGAUAUCCCUAUUUUGGGUGUUUGCCUUGGACACCAGGCUUUAGGAUAUGUGCAUGGCGCUCAAGUUGUCCGUGCACCUGAACCAGUCCAUGGGCGACUGAGCGAAAUUCAGCAUAAUGGAUGCCGAUUGUUUCAUGACAUUCCUUCUGGCAGAGAUUCAGGAUUCAAGGUGGUUCGAUAUCACUCGCUUGUAAUAGAUGCCAAAUCUCUCCCAAAGGAGCUCAUUCCUAUAGCUUGGACCUCUUCUGGUGAUGCGCUUUCUUUUUUUGAGACCCAGAAGUCUAACAUUAUGUCAGAUGCUUAUAAGAGUCAGAUUGGGCAUAAAAGCUCCUCUGAAUCUAUUUCAGAAAUUAAAAAUGGAAAUUGUUCGCCAUUUGUCCAGUUUGAUGAAAGUAGAAGAGUCCUCAUGGGCAUCAUGCAUUCUUCCAGGCCACAUUACGGUUUGCAGUUUCAUCCAGAGAGUGUUGCCACAUAUCAUGGGAGGCAAAUAUUCAAGAAUUUUAGAAAGAUCACAGAGGAUUAUUGGCUGAGAUUGAGGCCAUAUGCUGCAUGCAUGCAGGUGCCCUGUGCUAGUCAACUUUUAAGAGAAGUUCCCAGAAGCCGGCAUUUAGUGAGUACUGCAGCUGAUCAACUAUAUAGAGACCCUCCCCAAUCUAGCCAAUUAGUGCAUGAUGCAGAUAAGAGGAGCUAUUUUGAAGUGUCCAAUAUGGUGCAUCUUUCACACCCAAGCACCGGUGUUAAAUUUCUAAAAUUGAAAUGGAAGAAAUUUGAUCACUUGGCCAGUCAAGUUGGUGGGGCAAGAAAUAUAUUUUGUGAAUUGUUUGGACGUCAUAAAGCUGAAGACACCUUUUGGUUGGAUAGUUCUUCAAUUGAAAAGAAAAGAGCACGCUUUUCAUUCAUGGGAGGAAAAGGUGGAUCUCUUUGGAAGCAGUUGACAUACAGACUGUCUGAUCAAAGUGAUAUGUCUUUUAAAGGUGGAGGAUACCUAUCAAUUGAAGAUUCUCAUGGCUCUCCCAGAAGCAUAUUCUUGGAAGAAGGUUUUCUUGAUUAUCUGAACAAGGAGCUUUUGUCAUUCUGUUAUGAAGAGAAAGAUUAUGAAGGACUACCUUUUGACUUUCAUGGUGGAUAUAUUGGUUAUAUUGGGUAUAACCUUAAAGUUGAAUGUGGUGUGGUCUCCAACCGCCACAAAUCUAGGUCUCCGGAUGCUUGCUUUUUCUUUGCUGAUAAUCUUCUUGUUGUUGAUCACCAAAAUGAUGAUGUUUACAUACUGUCUCUACAUGAAGAAUGCAAAACUAUGACACCAUGGUUGGACGAUACCGAGGAGAAGCUUUUCAGCUUAAAAGCUUCUGCCACAAGGUUAGAGGAGCAGACUUUCCAGGCUGCAACCUUAUCCCCAUAUAAGGCAGGCUUUCAUGCUGACAAAUCCAGAGUGCAAUAUAUGGAGGAUGUUGAAAAGUGUCUAGAGUACAUUAAAGAUGGAGAAAGCUAUGAGUUGUGUCUUACAACUCAGAUUAGAAGAAGUAUUGGGGAAAUAGAUCCUCUUGGACUUUACCUUCACCUUAGACAAAAAAACCCAGCGCCAUAUGCUGCCUGGCUUAAUUUUUCCAAGGAAGAUUUAUGCAUUUGCUCUUCUUCCCCUGAGAGGUUCCUGCGAUUGGACAGAAAUGGUACAUUGGAAGCCAAACCCAUUAAGGGCACUAUAGCUCGUGGUGCAACAGCAGAGGAAGAUGAACAACACAAACUGCAACUACAAUAUAGUGAAAAGGAUCAGGCAGAGAAUUUAAUGAUUGUUGAUCUUCUAAGGAAUGACCUUGGUCGUGUCUGUGAGCCUGGCUCUGUUCAUGUUCCUCAUCUUAUGGAUGUGGAAUCAUAUGCGACUGUUCAUACCAUGGUGAGUACAAUUCGUGGGAAAAAGCAGUCAAAUUUAAGUGCAGUUGAUUGUGUCAAAGCUGCAUUUCCGGGUGGUUCAAUGACAGGCGCACCAAAGUUAAGAUCAAUGGAAUUACUUGAUUCUCUUGAAAGUUGUUCACGGGGCAUUUACUCAGGGUCCAUUGGAUUUUUCUCGUAUAACAAGACGUUCGAUUUGAAUAUUGUAAUAAGAACAGUUGUUGUGCACGAAGGUGAAGCUUCCAUAGGAGCAGGAGGGGCCAUUGUUGCUUUAUCAAAUCCAGAAGACGAGUAUGAAGAAAUGAUUUUGAAAACAAAUGCCCCAGCAAAGGCUGUAAUGGAAUUUUUAUAGGGGAGUCAGCAUUAUGCAUUGUACCUUAUCCACUAGCUAAUUUGAUAGUUUCAUUGAGGAAAGUUAUACGGUCCUGCGGAGAACCGCAGCAAUGUAACAUAGUAUAGAUUAUAAUUGGAUUCAUGAUUUAUUUUGACAUAACAAUAAAAGGGUUAUUCUUUUUUGAAGUGACGA